UGCAGCAGCAGCAGCCAGGUCCCGCCGCGAGACCACUCCCUGCGCGCGGAGCUGGAAGCACCUCAUCGUCAUUUCCAUGGCCGGAGCAGCGGCGUGGAGCGCGCACGACGCGCAGCCCGCCGCGUGGGCGCUGGCAGCGCCGCUCGCGACGCUGGGGCUCCUGCUGUGCGCGCGCGCCGCGGCGCGCCUGGCGCUGUGGCUGUACGCGGCGUUCCUGCGGCCCGCGAGGCCGCUGCGCCGGCGGUACGGCACGUGGGCCGUCGUGACGGGCGCCACCGACGGCAUCGGCCGCGCGCUGUCGUUCCGCCUGGCCGCGGCGGACCUCGGCCUCGUCCUUGUGGGCCGCAGCCCCGACAAGCUGGCCGCCGUGUCGGCCGAGGUGAAGGCCAGGCACCCCGGCGCCCAGGUGCGCACCUUCGUGCUCGACUUCGCCGGCGACGGCCUCGCCGCGAAGGUGGACGCGCUCGGGGAGUUCCUGGGGGAACUUGACAUCGGCGUGCUCGUGAACAACGCCGGCGCGUGCUACCCGUACGCGCGCUACUUCCACGAGGUGGACGAGGCGCUCGUGCGGAACCUGAUACGGCUCAACGUCGACGCCGUCACGCGGGUGACGCACGCCGUGCUCCCCGGCAUGGUGCGACGCGGGCGCGGCGCCGUGGUGAACAUCGGCUCCGGCGCCUCCGCUAUUCUGCCGUCCGACCCGCUCUACACAGUCUACGCCGCCACCAAGGCCUAUAUCGACCAAUUUUCAAGAUGCCUAUAUGUUGAGUACAGGAGCAAAGGCAUUGACGUGCAAUGCCAGGUACCAAUGUUAGUGGCCACAAAGAUGGCGUCCAUCAAGACUUCAUCCUUCUUUGUGCCAUCCCCCGAUACAUAUGCCCGUGCGGCUAUUCGCUACAUCGGGUAUGAACCGCGAUGCACACCAUAUUGGACACAUGCGCUAUUGUGGUUCCUCGGCUCCUUUGUGCCUGAGCCUGUCGCUGAUAAGAUGAUCCUCAACGUAGCACUAGAUGUUCGCACCAAGGGGCGGGCCAAAGACGCUAAGAGGAAGACACAUUAGCAACAAUGAGGCCUCAAGAUUAGUCGUAUCAUCUAUAUAACAUGUCCAUGGUAGUAGUAAUCAGGGAUUUCUUCCACAUACAUUUAUAUUGUAGUGUGUUGGUGUAAGAAAGUUAUUUCAUCUUGUGUUGUACAAGAAAUAAUCUAAGCAUGGACCAUAUGGUAAUCUUUCGUCUUGUAUUCAGCCUGGUAGGUCAUCAAAGUGUAUCAGCAAUACUAUUGGCAUGGAUAAACAUAAACAUUU